AUAAAUAUUGUUGCUAUUUUUCCAAGACAUUCAUUCCCUGAAACCCCCAAAAACAGAAGAGAGAGAAACAGAGUGUUGAAGAAAAGAAGAAAGAAGAGGAAAAAGUGGAGAGGUGUGUGAUGAGAGACACAUCUCACCGCACUUACUCCGUAAUCAAAAAAUAGUAAAUAUCAUUAUUAACAUAUUUUACAAUAAAUCAUCUCUCUCUUCCUUCCACCUUUCUCCAAUCUCCACUCCACCAUUGCAGCUUUUCCUUCCAAUCUCAACUUCUCCCCUAACAACCUUCGAAUAAAUCCUCUUAAGCAAUAAAAGUUUUGCCGAGAUUGGCAAGUUUCGACCACCUUCACCGAUCGCACUCCCUGCAAACAAAUUUGGAUUUAGGGAUCGCUUUUGAUUUCGAAUUACCUGUGGAUUGCGAUCAUCAUGUCCGGCUCCCCGUCGUCGUCGUCGGGAUCGGAAGACGAGGAUGAAGGAAUCGACUCGUACCGUAAAGGAGGCUACCACGCCGUCAGAAUCGGCGAUAAUUUCUCCGCCGGUCGCUACAUCGCGCAGAAGAAACUUGGUUGGGGACAGUUCUCCACAGUCUGGCUCGCCUAUGAUACUGAAUCGUCGAAAUAUGUUGCCUUGAAGAUCCAGAAAAGUGCACCACAAUUUGCUCAGGCAGCAAUUCAUGAGAUCGAAAUUCUUUCUGCUAUUGCUGCUGGUGAUCCCUCAAAUGACAAGUCCGUUGUACGCUUGGUAGACCACUUUAAGCAUGCAGGCCCAAAUGGGCAGCAUUUAUGCAUGGCUCUGGAAUUUCUUGGUGAUAGUUUGCUCCGUUUGAUCAAGUAUAACCGGUAUAAAGGUCUCGAGCUCCAUAGAGUUAAGGAGAUAUGCAAAUGCAUUUUGACUGCACUAGAUUACUUGCAUCGCGAACUACGAAUCAUACACACUGACUUAAAACCUGAGAACAUUCUUCUAUGUUCCACCAUUAAUCCUUCAAAAGAUCCAAUCAGGUCAGGAUUGACUCCAAUCCUUGAAAAGCCUGAGGGAAACCCUAAUGGUGGAGUAAUUGUUAGUAGUAUUGAGAAAAGACUAAAGCAAAGGGCAAAAAGAGCAGUUGCAAGAAUCUCAGAAAGGCGAAUUGGUAUGGGAGAUGGGGUAGGCAGGACUCAAAAGCCUCCUAGAAUCUUGGAAGGGAUAGACUUCAAAUGUAAAGUUGUGGACUUUGGAAAUGCAUGUUGGGGUGAUAGGCCAAUUGCUGAAGAAAUUCAAACAAGACAAUAUAGAGCACCAGAAGUUAUACUUCAGUCUGGUUAUUCCUUUGCUGCUGAUAUGUGGUCAUUUGCUUGUACGGCUUUUGAACUUGCAACAGGGGAGAUGAUGUUUGCUCCCAAGAUUGGGCAAGGUUUCAGUGAGGAUGAGGAUCACCUUGCUAUGAUGAUGGAGCUCCUUGGAAAGAUUCCACGCAAGAUUGCUACUAGUGGUGCCCGAUCCAAAGAGUACUUUGAUAGAUACGGCGACUUGAAGAGGAUUAGAAGGCUGAAGUACGGGUCCCUUGAUCGAUUACUUGUUGAUAAGUACAAGUUUUCUGAUGCUGACGCACGUGAAUUUGCUGGUUUCCUAUGUCCCAUACUUGAUUUUGAGCCAGAUAAGCGACCAACAGCCCAGCAGUGCCUGCAGCAUCCAUGGCUUAAUGCUGACAAUCAGACAAGUGGGUUGAAUGCAGGAAUGAACGACCUGCAAAUCAAGCUGAAGAAGUGAUGUAGGAACGAGGGACAAAUUCUCCACAUGCUUUGAGUUUUGUUUGCCGUAGUUAUUUGAUAGAUUCUGAUUUGUCAGGAUUGUAAUAUAGUAUAUGAUUAGCACGAUGACAAGUGAAGAAAUUGAGCUGGGGAUCAAGCGCUCGGUGCUGCAAUAUUUCUGCAGGUUGGUUAGUGUUGACCCUCUUCGUCAUGCUUUCCCACUCCAUGAGAGAAAAGCGAAUGGAAUAGGCACGAGCCGUGCUGUGACUGUGGCCGUCCCUUCUUGGGUUUUAGUGCUCCGCGCCUGUUUUAGGUUGUGUUCGUUACGAUCUGUUCUUUCUUUCCUUGUGGGAUUUCAUAUAUGGUGGUUCUUUGUUAAUUUUUUUUUUUUUUUUUUUGUGAUUGUAGAAUCAUAUGUUUUUAAAAUUGGCUGUUAUCAUCAAGAAUGUCAGUACGUUAAUUUUUAGUUCAUUCAAUUGAAGAUUGGUUGUAUUCGAAUAAGAAA